AUGCCCAUCUCAUGGUCAUUGUGCUGUAAGCUGAAGAUGGAGCAAGCUUACGGUGUGACCCAGAAUAUUUACUGCGAGCACCUUUCUAGUGCACUCAGAAGACCGAUGGGACAAUAUAGUGCUGAACAUACUGGAUUGUCCUCAAAGUCCUGGGUCGAAAGACACGAUCAGAACUGCAGUCUGGCCUCGACCCAUGGCUUCUCAGCCUCCAAUUCUCACUCGGUUAUGGGAAGUAUCAUCACUGUGCGAGUAUUCAGCAUAGUACCACCCCACAUCAACAGCCUUGGCCCUUGGCAGCCAGGGCUUGUACUGAUGAAUACUCGUGACUGUUGGCAGUGGACAUCCUUCAAACAGAAUGGGGAAAGUACUGUAGUUCUGGGCAAGAUUCGAAGGUGGACCAACAUCGAGUUGUUUCUUGCGACAUUUCUUUGCCAGCUAAGAGUUCAGUUCAACUUCGUCAGCGUCUCAGAUGCCUUUGAAUUUGGUGGUAAUUAAACCCUGGGGCUUCUUCUGAUGAAAGGGUGCACGCCACUCGUAACCGUCUACCGGUAUUUGACCGCUUUGCGGGACAACGACAAACCAGUAGAGGGGAAACAUAAAACAAAUGGAAAUUGAAUACGUCUAAAGCGGUUGCGGCACUGGCACAAUAUGUACAUACAGUGUUUCUUAAACCGCCCCUUGCUUGCGCGGUUAACUUGCUCUUUACUGGACGAUAGGAUGCUGAUGGAUUUGAGAAGAUUGAUAUGAGACGAGAGGCUGUUUGGUUUUGGAGGCACGAGUACUAUAGCAGUACUUAACUGCCUUCUGGAUAGGAGUAGGAGAGAAACAUUUUAUAGAAAGUGACACCCUCCAUCGUUUCCC